UUUUCUCCCACUCGAUCACACAGGGGAGCAGAGAAGAAGUGAGGGCGAGGAGUGCCUCCAGAGGCGACGCACGUGUGCCAGGGAACCUGUUGGAGAGACGCUAUGGGCUCGUGCUGCUCCCGCGAUGCCGCCGUCCUGUCGGCGGCUUCGUCGUCGUCGUCGUCGUCGUGCCGGGGAACGGCGAAGCUCGUGCUGCCGGACGGCGACCUGCAGGAGUUCGCGUGGCCGGUGAAGGCGUCGCACGUUCUCCGGCGGGAGCCGGCCUGCUUCAUCUGCAACUCGGACGCCAUGGAGUACGACGGCUCCGUCUCGGCGAUAGGCGCCGAGGAGGAGCUGCAGCCGGGGCAGCUGUACUUCGUCCUCCCGCUCAGCUCUCUGCGUCGCCCGCUCAGCCCCGCGGAGAUGGCCGCGCUCGCCGCCAGGGCCAGCGCGGCGCUCAGCAGGAAGGGCUACGACGUGUUCGUGGCCGACGAGGAGGAGGAGCAGGGUGGGCUUUCGGCGACCAAGGGACGCGCUGGUGGGUGUGGUCGGAGGGCUGGGGCGAGGCUCGGCACGAUCCAAGAAGGAUGGGAUUGACUGACAUUGAGAGAGAGGGGCGCUUGUACAGACGGAUUCGCGUUUGGCUUGUUCAAUGUUCUGUACAUUUUCUUCUUUUUAGUUCCAUUUUUGCCGUGGAAACGAAAGAGCGAGGACAGUGGUGGUGGACUGGAAGCAGUCUCUGUUCACUCGCUCUCAUUCAUAUGGGCCGCUUCAAUGUGUACAAAUAAAAGUAGUCGAUUUUUCA